AUGAGCUGCAGCAGUGUUGCAGGUUCAGAGUUCUCUGAGGAGGAGCUGGAGCUGGGUGUGCUGGGCCAAGGCGAGGACGAGGGAAGUCCCAAGGCAUCUUUCCAAGACAGCGAGAGCUCAACCAGCAGCCCCAGUGACCCAGAGGAAGGCCAGACCAAGAAGCGCAAUCGACCAGUCCGCUCAAAAGCUCGACGAAUGGCUGCCAAUGUCCGUGAGAGAAAACGCAUCAUGGACUACAACCAGGCCUUCAAUGCCCUGCGCGUUGCUCUGAACCAUGACCUCAGUGGCAAACGGCUCUCUAAGAUUGCAACCCUGCAGAGGGCCAUAAACCGCAUCUCUGCUCUCUCAGUAUUCCUGAGCUCCAACCCUCCCACCAAACCCUGCACCCACCGGGAGUGCAACAGGGCACCUGCGGGGCCGGCUGCGGUGGGGGCCUCUCGACUCGAGCAGACCAGGGUAACGGUUCCUCGUCUGGAGCAUCAGAGUUACAUCCCCUGGCACGCGUCCAUCUCUCACCAGAUGCAGCCACAACAAGGGCCUCACGUGCACAGGCUGCCCACGGAGCCACAUGUCUACAUGGAUAACACCGUGUCAUCAUGUCCCCCAUCACCACACUACCCUUGUUAUCCUGCUGAGGGACAGCUUUACGCCUCACAUGGACACUGCAGCAGCCCCCACAACCAUCCGCCCAGUCCUCUGCGUUACUCUCAGGUGGGUGAGGGGUUGGGGUACCAGCCAGGGAUGUGGGCCUCCUGUACUCAAGGAUACAUGGACACUUUCAUGGAGCCGUCUCCAGCUCUGGGGCUUCCAUGGCAGCUGAGCUACAAGCAGGAGCCAGAGCACAGCCUGCCUCUGUGCUCUGACAUACUGUAA